UUGAGGCAAGGUAGUGGUCACUUUGUCCCACCCAAAAUCAGUGAAAGCAUCCGUUGUUCUGAUGGACGGCGGCCGGACACAUAAAACAGGGCAGCAGUUUUUAGUUUGACCCCUUUCAUUAGGCUCGAGUCAUAUUAAAGCUGAGGAGACGGCCAGAUUGAGCUCUGCAGUAGCUUGGAAAUACGUUUGAGGACUUUCAAACUAUGGAAAAAAACCGCGGAGAAUUUUAAAAGGGAAGAUGGAUCAGCUGUUUAAAGCAAGAGCUCCUACAAGCUUCAUCAUAAUUUCCAGUCUCCCUUGAAGAGGAAUUUUGAGCCUCAUUGUGAAAAAAAGGGAUGAAUGAGGGCCGUUCUGCUCUCCUUAAAAGGUGCCACCUUGUCUUCUCCAAGGCCGACACCCUUGGUUCUGAUUCUGCCAGAGCUGCUCCGUCUGAGGACUCUGGAGAUGGUGUGGCUGCUCAGGCUGAGGGUGAUGCACCUUUCCCCCUUUCUCACCUCUCACACCUGUUUGAGAGUGAAGAUGGUUCCCAGUCAGUUCAGGACACGAGUCAGGAUUCAGUCCCAGAACUGGUCCAGCCCACGCAGCCCACAGACAGCAGACAAAACCUGCGGAUGAAGUUCCAGGGUGCUUUCAAAAAGGGAAUUUCUAACCCAAUGGACCUACUGGAAUCCACCAUAUACGAGUCAAAUGUGGUUCCAGGCCCUAAGAAAGCUCCCAUGGACUCACUCUUUGAUUAUGGUACCUAUGGAAGGCAAAGCAACCAGAAAAGACGCAGGAAGAAGGUCCCAAGAGGUAAAACUGAGGCAUCAUGUGACGACGAUCAAAGCUCCGACCCACCAAAAGUAAUGAAAAUAUUCAACCGCUCUCUACUGUUCGACUGUGUGUCACAUGGAGACCAUGAGGCCCUUGAGGGCCUUUUGGAGUACCUGCAAAAUCAAGGGAAGAGGUUAACAGAUGAGGAGUUUAGAGAACCUUCUACAGGUAAGACGUGUCUGCCUAAAGCCCUGCUGAACCUCUAUGGUGGUCAGAACAACACCAUCCCACUACUGGUGGACAUAGCAGAGAAGACUGGAAACCUCAGAGAGUUCAUAAAUACACCUUUCAGGGACGUCUACUACAGAGGCCAGACGGCACUCCACAUCGCCAUCGAGCGACGCUGUAAGCAGUAUGUGAAGCUGCUGAUGGAGAUGGGAGCAGAUGUUCAUGCUCAGGCAAGGGGACGCUUCUUCCAGCCCAGAGAUGAAGGCGGCUACUUUUACUUUGGUGAGCUGCCUCUCUCUUUGGCUGCAUGCACUAACCAACCUGACAUAGUGCACUACCUGACAGAGAACACUCACAAGAAGGCUGACUUGCGACGGCAGGAUUCACGUGGGAACACAGUCUUGCACGCGCUAGUGCACAUAGCAGACAACACCAAGGACAACACCCGUUUCCUUACAAAGAUGUAUGACCUGCUGCUAAUUAAGUGUACCAAGCUCUAUCCAGACUGCAACCUUGAGACAAUACUCAACAAUGACGGCAUGUCACCUCUCAUGAUGGCUGCCAAACUUGGCAAAAUAGGGGUUUUCCAACACAUUAUCCGACGUGAGAUUAAAGAUGAAGAAGUUCGUCAUCUGUCACGUAAGUUUAAAGACUGGGCUUAUGGUCCAGUGUACUCCUCUCUCUAUGACCUGUCUUCACUGGAUACGUGUGGAGAGGAGCCAUCUGUGCUGGAAAUCCUUGUCUACAACAGUCGCAAUGAGAACCGCCAUGAGAUGCUGGCUGUGGAGCCCAUCAAUGAGCUGCUGAGGGCCAAAUGGCAGAAGUUUGCUGCAGUAACUUUUUACAUCAGCGUGGUUUCCUACCUCACCACCAUGAUCAUCUUCACCUUGGUGGCUUAUUACCACCCAACACAAGAAACGCCUCCGUACCCCUACACCACAUCAUCUGACUACUUACGGAUGACAGGAGAGCUUGUAACACUGGCAUCAGGAAUCUUCUUCUUCCUCACAAAUAUUAAGGAUGUCUUCCUGAAAAAGUGCCCUGGGGUGAAAUCUUUAUUUAUUGAUGGAUCCUUUCAGCUGCUGUACUUCAUCUAUUCUGUACUGAUCAUCAUCACGGCUGCUCUUUACUUGUCUGGCAUUAAGGCCUACAUUUCUGUGAUGGUGUUUGCACUUGUCCUGGGCUGGAUGAACACACUUUACUUCACCAGAGGCCUGAAGCUCACUGGCACCUACAGCAUCAUGAUACAGAAGAUACUUUUUAAAGACAUUUUCAGAUUUCUGCUGGUGUAUGUGCUCUUCAUGAUUGGAUACGCUUCAGCAUUGGUGUCCCUGCUGUCAGUGUGUCCGCCACCAGGCACAGUGUGUGAUGGGGCCUGUCCCACCUACCCCAAAUGCAGAGAUCCAGACACUUUUAGUACUUUCCUGUUGGACCUAUUCAAGUUGACCAUUGGGAUGGGAGAUCUGGACAUGAUCGAGAAUGCGCUGUAUCCAGAAGUCUUUCUCAUUCUCUUAGUCACUUAUAUCAUUCUCACAUUUGUGCUGCUACUCAACAUGUUGAUUGCUUUGAUGGGGGAGACGGUGGGGCAGGUGUCCAAGGAGAGCAAGAAGAUCUGGAAGCUUCAGUGGGCAACGACUAUCUUGGACAUUGAGCGCUCAUUCCCAGUCUGCCUUCGCAAGUUUUUCCGAGUGGGGGAGAUGGUAACUGUGGGGAAGAGCUGCGAUAACACACCAGAUCGACGCUGGUGUUUCAGGGUGGACGAGGUUAAUUGGUGUCACUGGAAUCAGAACCUGGCGAUAAUCAAUGAGGAUCCAGGCAAAAGUGAGACCAGCCAAACCAAUGGGCUGCAGCAGAGUGUCAAAGCCUUGAGGAGGGAUCGCUGGACCACAGUGGUCCCACGGGUGAUGGAGUUAAGUAGAGGUCCUCAUCCUCAUGAUCAGGUGAUAGAGAUGGAGCCACUGACAUCCAGGCACUGAAGCCUGAGCAGGACUAGUGAAGAAAGCCAUCAGUAUCAAUGAGAUGCCUCUGUAGGGGGCUAUUUGACCAACUCAUAUGCCUUUUGUUCAAAAGGAAUAUAUUGACUGAUACUGCACUUGCAGGAUACCAAAGAGAGCUAACGUUAGGUUAACUGUGUCAAACAGUUAUUACAAAAAAGUGCAAAAGCUGAUUCUACAAUGUUGUGUACAUUUCAUACAUCAGUGGGCGAUCGCUCAGGGAUUUAACAAUUAGAAUAUUUCAUAUUGUUCUUAUAUUCUUGCAGAAAACAGAAUCAUGAGCAUUUUAAUAUCCAGAAAAAGUGUAGUUACUAUGCCAAUGCAUUAGUACUGCAAAUGAAAGCUUACUUUCCCCAAAUGUAUUUAUAGAUCUAUAGAAUAGUUUUAAACUUUCCUCACCACAUAUUUUAAAAGAUGUGUUUGCCUUAAAUAUUAUACUCUACAUACUCAUUUAAAUGUUUGCGUUUUCAGGUUUAAGGUUUAUGAGUUUAAAAACAGAGUAGAUCUAUGUUAGGCAGUAUAUUAUCUUUCCUUCUUACUUACUGUAUUAAUCAAAAACACUACAUUAAAGGGCUCAGGCAUGGAUUGCCGACUUUCAUUUUAAACUGAAACAAUGCACUGUGCCAAUUUCUGAUGUACGCAUUAUUAUAUUAAUACAAAGGCGUUAUGCUGAACAAGAUGGGCAUGAUGAGCAGGUUAUAGUUGUCAAGCAAAUAUGCAAAUGCAAGACAAUAGCCUUCAGUGUUAUGGUUUGUCUUUGAAUUUGCAAAGUUAUUGUUCCUUUGCAGCUGGGGUAUUUGCAUAAUCAACUCUUAGUCUCUUGCUAUUAUGUACCCCCCCCCCACCCCUUCCAAUUUGCAGCAGCGUUUUCAUUGCAGUUGGCUCUUUGCCCUAUAAGCCAUCUUUAGAAUUGCAUCAAUUGCAUGAGAGAAUGUUUGUUUGUGUUACUGUGCUACAUGGCAAACAGUUCCUUUUCUCAACUUUACUACAGUAAGUAGGUUACAGGUCACGGGUCAUGUUUACAUUUCAGGAACAGGUCAAUAUAUUUUUAUAUUGUUUGUACAUUGCUGCACAGAACAGUAAAUACUGGUCAUAUUCAAUAA